AUGGAUGAGGAUAUGCCCGAGAUCUCCCUGCCUCUCCGGCAGGAUUUGACCUGUCCUGUAUGUCAGGCCAUCUUCAGGGACCCCGUCCUGCUGCCGUGUUCCCACAGCUUCUGUCGAGAGUGUCAGCAGAAAAGUUGGCAGUUCAGCCACACCUGUCCCAUCUGCAGGGUGCCUUACGAAGAGAACUAUGCUAUCAGUAACAGAGCUCUGAAUGACGCCUCAGAGAGCUUCCUCCGACAGGCCAAUCUCCGGCCUGUCCAGAGCCAACCCUCUGCAGAGGUCUGCAACCUGCACCUCAAGCCUCUGGAGCUGUACUGCGAGAAGGACGAGGAGCCUGUGUGCGUGGAUUGUGUCUCGCAGCAUAGCACCCACAGGCUGUGGUCCGUGAGAGACGGCAUAUCCAUGUGCAAGAAGGAGCUCGGGUUUAAAGUCCAGAUUUUUGAAAAGAAAGUGGAGACGUACAAAAAAAUGACUAAAAAGUUCAGCAAUACAGUGGAGUAUAUCAAGCAUCAGGCAGGAGAAGCCGAGAAAAGAAUCAAGGCAGAAUUUGAGAGGCUACACAAGGUGCUUGUUCAGGAAGAGGCCAAGAGACUGGAAGCUCUGUCCAAUGAAGAGCAGAAAAAGCUUGAGAUCAUGCAAAGAGCGAUUGACAUGGCAGAGGAGGAUAUUGUUAAAAUGAAAGAGCUCAUUGAAACUGUGAAGAAAGAAAUGGGCAAUGAGGAUCUGCUGCUGCUGAAGAAUUUCCAGAGUGUUAAAAGAAAAGCCCAGUGGGAUCAAUCUGAUCUGGGUUUUCCCUAUGAUUCCCUAAUAGACAUGGGGAAGCAUGUCGGUUCUCUGGGCUACAACAUCUGGAAGGACAUGAAGGAUCACAUCAAAUAUUACCCAGUUGCUUUCGAUCCAAACACAGCCUCUCCGUGGCUCUCAUUGAGCGCUGAUCUCACCAGCGUGAAGGAGAGCCAAGAGCGACUGACCGUCCCUGACAACCGAGAGCGCUUCGAGCCUAUCGUCUUCGUCUUGGGGGCUCAAAAUUUCGAAAGUGGAAAACAUAAAUGGGACGUCAUUGUCGGUGACAACCCCAAGUGGAUCCUGGGAGUGAGCAAGGUGGAGGUGGCCCGAAAAAAGAAGUUCACCGUCUCACCAAAUCGUGGGGUGUGGGCUCUGGGGCUGAGUAAAGGGGUGUAUACCGUCCACGAUGAGAAGCGCACAGAGCUGGUGGUGCCGCAGAGUCCUGAGAAAAUACGCAUCAAACUAAAUAUGGAUAAGGGAGAGGUGUCGUUUUGGGACGGGGGGAGAGAGAAGCAUUUAGUCACCCUUAAAUAUGAGUUUAAGGGAGCACUUUGUCCUAUUUUUGGCCCAGGCCUCCAUUCUACUCCUAUGCUCCUGGCCCCUGGAAAAAUAGCUGUACACACAUCAUAAAUGAACUUUCUUCCCCUGUAAAACAGGCAGGAAGUCUGGGCAGCCAGAAUGAUCAGACUUCUACAUAGCGUAUUACGCUCCAUGUAAUUCAGUCUGACUGUGCCAGGGUAACAGGCGGAUGGUUAACACAUUUAUGCAUGAUUUAAAAGUUUCAGUACAGAACUCUAAAAAAAGCUUAUCAGGCGAUUUGAUUUAAGAUGCAUGUGUGAGAAAAAUAUGAUUAAACAUAUCUAAUGGAGAUUAAUAUUUGCUGUUAGAAGUGCUUAAAGUGCAGGUGUGAUUCUUUAAGCAAUAUACAGCAAA